CGGAGCAUCAAGCCUUUUCCAGGGGGGAGAAACCACAGAACAGGCUUCCGACCCAGAAGCGGGAGGUAGUUCUGGUGGUUGUGGAAGAAUGUAGGGAUUCGCCGGUCUCCAUUCCAGUGCAGCUGUUACUUAGCCACGGCUGAAGGACCAUCUCUGCCAGGAAACCCAGUGAAGAAUUUUCUGGAACUUUGGACUUUGCCUUACGUUGGAUAAACUACACCAAACAAAACUCGCAGCAAAGAGGGAACUGGAACACAAAGAGCUGAAUGACGGAAAGGGCAUCCUGAUGAGGAACAGCUGCGAUCGUUGUUUCCCCUCUUUUUAUUGUGAGCACACAGACACGUGUAUGUGCUGUUGUGCAACUUGAUUCAAUUACAGAUAUCAAAUGGCAUUUUAAUAUGGGUUUUUAGUUCUCGGUUUUCGUUAUGCAACAGUCCACGGAUUUUUAAAAAGGUCUAAUGUGAUGCAGUAAGUAAGAGCUGGCUCACACUGACCACACAGAGUAAAGAGAUUGGCAUGAGUUGGGUUAUUAUCAGCUUUGGACAACAUGCAUCGUCUGCUUUGGAGAACAAAUGUUGACUUAUUCUUCUGUCUGCUUUUGAUUCAUCUCAAAUGCAACAACAUAAUAGGUGGAGGUCUGAGGAUUAUUGACCACGAUGAGUCAGUCAAAAAAGGAGGAAAUAUCACUUUGUUUUGUCGUCUGAUUGAGACAGAGGAGGAUUUAACUCGCAUUGUCUGGCAGAAACAGACAAGAGAAAACCUUGAACAGGAAACAUUCUUAAUUGUUGAAAAAGAUGGUAAAACUGAACACAAAAGUGAUUUACUGGACAAGGUCAAAUUUAUUGGGAAUAUUAAAGAGAAAAAUGGAUCGGUUCAGCUGCUGGGAAUGACACUGCUCGAUGAUGGGGUGUAUACUUGUAUCUUCAUAUUUCCUAGUGGACAAAAACAGACAAACAUCAAUGUCACCGUGCAUGUUCCUCCGGUGGUGAACGUUGUCGGGAAGACGCAUGUUUCAGGUCACGUCGACAUUGUUUUGGCAUCAUGCGUUGCUUCCAACGGCAGGCCUGCAGCAGAAGUGUUUUGGAGAUUAGGAUCCGAGAGUCAUUUGGGAAGGACAGAAACCAGCUACACCGAGCACACGGAUGGGAGAGUCACGGUCGUGUCCCACGUACUCGGUGCUCCAACCAAAGAUUUAAACCAGAAGAAGAUCAAGUGUGUGGUAAACCACAGCACACUGACGAAGGAGCUAGAGUUGGACUACAUAAUAAACGUCCACUAUCCUCCAGAAUUGGUGGUGAUCUCUCCUGAGGAUCCAGCACAGACUCAAGAAUAUCUUUGUUCGGUGGAUUGUAACCCAACACCAACCAGCUACACGUGGACCAGAUUGAACGGAAGUACUCCUCGUUUUGAAGGAAACAAGCUUUUCAUCCCAAAAUCGUCUUCUGGUUUUAAUGGUGUAUACAUCUGUACAGCAUCAAACCAGUAUGGAAGUGCUUCAGGGGUCCUUUAUGUGAAUAACACCGGAUCCACUGCUGACUGUUGGCUUCUUCUCGGCUCGGUCUUCAGCUGUGCCGUCCUGUGUAUCCCUCUGCUUUACAUAUUUAGCGGGGGUAAAAAAAAGUAAAAGUACAGUUAAAGUAAACAUUUAAUUUCGUCCUGAUUAGCUGAUCAUGUAGAAAAAUGUGAUUAGAUUAAGACAAUAGAUUAAGUAAACAGGAAAUCAUGCAGGGUCAUCAAACCAUCUGUAGGUGUCACCAAGCCAGCAGAGGGAGCCCUGACCUCUGAGUGAUCUGCAUUCACUCCCUCUGCGACAACUUCCUGUCUGAGAACUAUAAAGUCAGUAGCAGGCCCCUUACCUGCAGGUUGCAUUGUUCGCCUGGUCUUUUGUUGUUUUCCUAGUUCCUUGUGUUUUCCGAGUUCUUGUUUCCCUGGUUUUGAUCCUGCCUGUCUUUGGAUACUGUGAUUGUUUG